UUUAGGCUUCAGCAGAGGAGAGAGGAGGUGGAGCGGUGAGGAAGAGUAGCUGAUACACAGCUCACACCUCUCUCUCUCUCUCUCUCUCUCUGAAGGUAGAGCCUGGCCUGGCCCACAUUGCGCAACCGGCCAGAAUGCGCAUCGAGGAAGUUCCCCAGUCGGAGCUGCAGCUGUAGAGGAGCGGCGGCUCGCGCUGACUGAGCGGUGUUAGAUGCCAUGCCUCCCCAGAGAGUGUUCACUGUGCCCCGGCAGCAGUCCCUGCUCCUCCCCGCUGUGCUCAACCCCUUCGUGCAGGACGUGAAGCUCACCAGAAGAGAGAAAAUCAAAUGUUUCCUCAAAGGAAUCGUCCUUGUGCCGCUACGCUCCAUCUUCCUGAUCCUGGUCCUGAUGGUAACAUGGCCUGUUGCUGCUUUAAUAACCUUCAAGCAUCCUCUGAAAGGAGAAGUGAAGCCUAUGACCGUCUGGAGGAGGUUCUUGUGUCGGACGGUGAUGGUGUUCUUAGGCCGGCUGUAUUUUUUCGGGUUGGGUUUUCGUGUGGUGAUUAAGGGAAGGCAGGCGAGCAGUGCCGAGGCUCCCAUCCUGGCCGUGGCUCCUCACUCCACUUUCUUUGACGCCAUUGUCUGUGUUGUAGCCGGCCUGCCCUCCACCGUGUCCCGCUCCGAGACUUUGGCCACGCCCAUAUUUGGUCGGUUUCUGCGGUGCACGCAGCCUGUGCUCGUCUCACGUAAAGAUCCGGAUUCACGCAAAAAUACAAUCCUGGAAAUCAGCAACCGGGCCAAAUCCGGAGGCCGCUGGCCACAGGUAUUGAUUUUUCCUGAGGGAACAUGCACAAACAGAUCGUGUCUCAUUACUUUCAAACAAGGUGCCUUUGUGCCAGGAGUUGCUGUGCAGCCUGUGCUUUUGAGGUACCCUAAUAAGAUGGAUACCGUUACAUGGACCUGGCAAGGCCUCAAAGCGGGGAGACUGCUUCUCCUCACCCUGUGUCAGCUUUACACGACGGUGGAAAUUGAGUUUCUUCCUCCACACGUUCCAACAGAAGAGGAGAAGAAGAACGCCAAUAAGUUUGCUCAGUCUGUGAGGAGUGUGAUGGCUGAGUCACUGCGUAUCCCAGUUACAGACCACACGUUUGAGGACUGUCGUCUGAUGAUUUCCGCAGGGGAGCUGACCCUGCCCAUGGAGGCGGGGCUAGUGGAGUUCACCAAGCUCAGCAGGAAGCUUGAUCUGAAAUGGGACAAUGUGAAGAAGGAGCUGGAGAAUUUUGCUUCCAUUGCAUGCUCUUGUAAAGGAGGCCGAAUCAGAAUAGAAGAGUUUGCGACUUUCCUCAAGCUGCCAAUCAGUCCAGUUCUUCAGGAGCUUUUCUCACUGUUCGACAGGGAUGGAGAUGGUACCAUUGAUUUCAGAGAGUAUGUCAUUGGUGUGACGGUGUUGUGUCGACCAGCUAACACAGAGGAGGUCAUCCAGACAGCAUUUAAGCUCUUUGAUAUAGAUGAGGACAAUAACAUCACGCUGGAGGAGUUUGCUGGCCUGCUGCGCUCUGCUCUAGGUGUUUGUGACCUCAACGUUUCCAAACUCUUCAAUGAUAUCGAUGCUGAUGGAUCAGGACAUAUUACAUACGACGAGUUCCGCACCUUCGCUCUCACCCACCCUGAGUACGCUAAACUCUUCACCACGUACCUCGAGCUCCAGCGCUACCAGGGCCUCCAGGGGGAGGAGUCGGACUCCUUCUCCAAAUGCUGCACCUAUUCCCCCGACGACCACGAGGAAGAGAGCAACUCUGACAAGAAGGAUGACUAAGCACCCUGCGUAAAAAAAGUACUGGGUCACACCCUGGACCAAAUUCUGCCGCAGUCAUCGUAACAUGUGCCUUAGGAGGUCACAGAGUCGCCGCUUUUACCCUGAACAUAUGCACCACUUCUCCAAAGGCUGCAGAUUAGCAGAUCUGGGUUCAGCUGGAUCCUCCUGGCCUCCACAUACUCCAGUCUUCAGAUGCUGCUGCUUGAAUCAGCAGUUCUGUUUAAAGCGUUCUGUAACACUGUUGGUUUUUUUAAUUUAUUCAUUUUGCUUCUACGGUUAUGGCAGCUUGAUACUGUGGCUUUAUGUAAUACAGCAUUGCUGCACCCCACCCUUGUUAAAUACAGUACAGGCCAAAAGUUUGGACACACCCUCUCUUUUUCAAUGUGUUUUCUUUAUUAUUUUUAUGAUUAUUUACAUUGUAGAUUCUGACGCUGAAGGCAUUAAAACUAUGAAUGAACAAA